CCAUGAUUGUAAUUUAGGUUAUAGUACUAAGUUGUGUUUAGUAGGAAGGUAGGAAGGAGUACGUUUGAAGUGUAUUUUAUUUCAUUAUUUAAGAUAAAAAUUUAUAAAUAUGCCGACCUAUGAAAUGCCAUUAUUAUUACGGCUCGGAAAGAAGAUAUUUCAUCAGUAAUAAUAAAGUCUAAUAAAAAUUCAGUCCUGCCUUUUAUUUUAUUUAAUGAUGAAUUGGCAUGUUCCCUAAUUUAUUGUUUAAUUCAGCAACUUUCUUCAAAAACAAGAAGAGUUUUGCUGUACCAUAAAGUAUAUAAAUGGACAACAAAUUCUAUUUGCAGGCUGAAUAUGCAAAUAUUUUAAAGAAUGUGGCAAAUUCGAUAUUUGAAACAGGAGGAUUCAUUAGAAAACUUGAGAAUUGGGGCGAUAAGGAACUACCAUGUAAAACAUCAAGUCAUGGUGCAGUUCAUAAAAAAGCUGGUCAUUUCUUCCUUGCCUUUGAUGCUCCGCCAGCCGCAAUAGAUAAAAUUGUUGAUGAAUGUAAAAGGAAUUUGAGUAUUGUAAGAGUAAGAGUAUAUUUACAGAAUGAACCACAACAAGUAGAAUGUACAUUUGCUGAAGAAUUAUUGCCCCCACCUUACAGACCUAGUGUUCAAAAAAUGUUGGAAAUAGCUAAGCAACAGAAAAAUGAUAAAUACAAAUUUAAACAUAAUUCGGGAUUGGACUAUUAUCCUUUCAUGAGAUGAGCAAUUUGUUUAUUAUUAUUUAUUAAAUAAUGCAGAAUGUAUGUACAGUUCGAAAUAAUAAAAUCUGUGUAAACAUGUUAUUAAUUGAUUUAUAAUAUAAAUAAAAAUAAUUA